AUGCUAUAUUUUCAGGCAGAAAAGGAGCCAAUUUUAAGCAGCUUCUUGUAUGCCAGUAUAUUGUCGCAUGAUUGUUUAGAGCAGGCAUUGGGCUUUGUGCUUGCCAAUCGACUCCAAAAUCCUACACUUUUGGCAACACAACUAAUGGAUAUAUUUUGCGAUGUAAUGAUGCAUGACCGAGGCAUUCAACGAUCCAUUCGUCUUGAUGUGCAGGCAUUGAAAGACAGGGACCCUUCCUGUUUGUCAUAUUGCUCGGCUCUCUUGUACCUUAAGGGUUACCAUUCUUUGCAAACAUAUCGAAUAGCACAUGCAUUGUGGAAGCAAGGACGCAAAGUGUUGGCAUUGGCAUUACAAAGUCGAAUUAGUGAGGUGUUUGGAGUUGACAUACAUCCAGCUGCAAAGAUUGGAGACGGAAUACUAUUGGAUCAUGGCACGAGUGUAGUUAUUGGUGAAACUGCUGUUGUAGGAAACAGUGUUUCACUAAUGCAGGGUGUAACCUUAGGAGGAACUGGGAAAGAACAUGGUGAUCGUCAUCCAAAAGUAGGUGAAGGUGCAUUAAUUGGAGCCAGUGCAACUAUACUUGGGAAUAUAAAAAUAGGUGCCGGGGCGAUGGUUGCUGCUGGUUCUCUUGUCUUCAAGGAUAUCCCUUCACACAGCAUGGUGGUUGGAAUACCAGCAAAGAUCAUUGGCUACAUAGACGAGCAAGACCCUUCGCUAACAAUGAAGCAUGACGCUCGCAAAGAAUUUUUCGAAAAUGUAGCUGUUAGUUGCAUGGAAGGGAGAUCUACUGGUGAGUUUUUUAAAAUGUUGUGUUUCCCUUACAUAUACUGCCUUAAAAACUGGUAA